AUGCCCCAAGAUCCCAACUUGUACGGGCAGCGGCCCAAGAAGAAGCAGAGAAAAGAUGCCACCCUCUCUUCCUCGCUGGACUUUACCGCCCAGCUGACUUCGCUGAUGGCGUCGGGCUCCUCGUCCGCCUCCGCCACUGGCGGUCGCGCCCGUCCUUCCAAGGAGCCCAAGGAAGACCUAUUCCGCAGCCACACGGCGCGGAAGCGCGAAGCCGGCCACAAACGCGCCGAGGGCGACAAGCUCGUCCUGAAGGACGUGGCCGGCACCGAGGACGAGUCGCGCGAGCUGGUCCGCGCAAAGCGCAACAUGGAGAGCAAGGCGCGCCUCUACGCCGCCAUGAAGCGAGGCGACUACGUGCCGCCGCAGGACAGCGACAGGGCCGCCGCCGAGCCCCUCAUCGACUUUGACCGCAAGUGGGCCGAGCAUGAAGAAGGCAAGGGCCUGUCCGACUUGAGCUCGUCGUCCGGCGACGACGAGGGGCCCAGCAACGACGCCGCCGACGACCAAGUCAUCGAAUACGAGGACGAGUUUGGCCGUCUGCGGCGCGGCACGCGGGCGGAGAGGGAGCGCAUGGAGCGGCGCGCGCGUCGCGGCCUGCUCGGCGCCGAGGAGCUCGACCGCAUGUCGGCGCGCCCGGCCGCGCCGACCAACCUCAUCCACGGCGACGCCAUCCAGGCCAUGGCGUUCAACCCCGACGACGCGGACGGCAUGGCGGCGCUGGCGCGCAAGCGCGACCGCAGCGCGACGCCCCCGCCGCAGAAGCACUACGACGCGGACAAGGAGGUGCGCAGCAAGGGCGUCGGCUUCUACAAGUUUAGCAAGGACGAGGCGGUCAGGGAGGCGGAGAUGCGGGCGCUCGAGGGGGAGAGGCGCCAGACGGAGGGGAAGCGCGAGGAGAGGGAGAAGCAGAGGGAGGCGAGGAGGAGGGAGAUUGAGGAGAGGAGGAAAGCGAUGGGAGAUCGGAGAGCGAAGAAGCAGGCGGAUAGCUUCCUGAGUGGCUUGGGAGAGUGA